UGAAGGUAUUUUGUUGUGGAAACUGGUUCCUGUGUUUAGGUGUGCGGUAAAGAGAAAAAAAAGAACGGGAGAAAAUAAACCGGAUUGACCAGGUGUCGAAGCAUUGCCUGGAUGUCAUGGGGGACAAAGGAGAGGCUGAUGUCCCCACUGACCCAGACUGCGGCAGCCAGGAGGGAAGGGGAUGAAUUGUUUUCAGUGGCCAGCGUCUCCGCCCGAGUUCCGCUGCCGCAACGUCAGUGCGCCGAGUGCGGCCUCGCUUUCCUGCUGACGAUGGUGAAGGCGGAAGAAGAUGCUUCUUAUUGCUGCCUUUGUUUUUGGAGUCCUCAGCGUGUGGUUGUUGCUGUUGCUGUGCUAUGAUGUCUGCAACAGGUCAAAGGGUCAAAAGAGACCCUUUUUCAGCCUUUUGAACCACUACCUGACUCAGAGGGCUGCAAGUGGCCUGAGCCUUUUGCAGCGACGAAGACUUGAACUGAGCACCAAAAAUAUUCUGCAGGUGCAGCACAGCGCUCUUCUGCACCAGAUCCACAGGAACAGAAAGACUGAGUAUGGCAAGUUGUACCGCUUCUCUGAAAUCACAGACCGCGAGACGUUCCGCAUUCUUCACCCACUGACACGAUAUGACCAUUAUAAAGAUUACAUCGAGCGAAUUGGCACAGGGGAAGAAAAUGUGUUGAUCUCAGAGAGGCCAAGUGUUCUAUCCAGGACAUCUGGAAUUUCAGGCUCCAGUGCCAUGUUACUGAGCACAAGGGAGACGACUAACGACUUCCAUCAGGGCUUUGGAGUGGUCUUUAAUUCAAUGCUUAACACCUACCCAAGGAUUGGAAAUUUACAGCGGACUGCAAAGUUUUAUUACCCUCCUAUUUGCAGUAAUUCAGAAUCAGGAAUUCCAAUUGGCCCCAAUUCCCCCUCUCCCUUGACUUCCAAGCUCAACUUGAAUAUGUAUUCAACACCAGCAGCUGGAUUUGAAAUUGCUACUGAACCUGAGGCACUGUACAUUCAUCUGCUUUUUGCCCUGAAAGAUAGAAGUUUGGGAACACUGGAGGCUAGCUUUGCUUCCAUAGUUUACCACAGUUUUGCUUGUCUGCAAAAUAAGUGGGGUCAAUUGAUUGAGGACAUUAGGUUGGGUCAAAUAAAUCCCAAAUUGAAGAUUUCUGAUGACAUUCGCAUGAAGCUCCAGGUUCAACUAAAGCCCGAUCCUCGAAGAGCCUCGGAGCUGGCUGCAGAGUUUGGGAGUGGAUUUAAUGGGAUUGCUCGUAGAGUGUGGCCCCACCUCAACUUGGUUCUUGCUGUGGAUUCUGGCUCAAAUGAACUGUAUGGAAGUCACCUGAAACACUUCUACUGUGCAGGAGUUCCCAUUUACUCUCCAGUUUAUGCAGCCACUGAAGGUUUCAUUGGAGUGAAUCUAUGGCCAGAGAAAGAAGAACGGCAUUAUCUCCUAUGGCCACAAGCGAUCUUUUUUGAAUUUAUUCCUGUUGAUCUCUGCAGUGGAGAACAACCACAAACACUGUUUCUGGAUGAAGUGAAGAAAGAUGAGUUAUAUGAACUGAUUGUCACAAAUACAUCUGGUUUGUACAGGUACCGUAUGGGGGAUAUUGUAAAGGUCGUGGGUUUUCACAAUCAGUGUCCAAUCGUUGAAUUUAAGUACAGACAAGGCCAGUUGUUAAACGUCAGAGGAGAAAAAAUAACGGAGGAGGCAUUCUAUCAGACACUGCUACGAGCUGUUACACUGUGGCCUGGAGCAGUGCUCCUUGAUUACUGCUGCGUAGAGAGCGGGCUUUUGGGGCCAUUUUGUGGUAGUUCAGAUCUUCACUAUGAAGUUUUUGUUGAGAUAAAAGGAGUAAGAAACUUGUCAGAGGAUCAGCGUUACAAGCUGGACCAGUGCCUUCAGGAAGAUUCGGAACAGUACCAGUCGUUUAGACGCAAGGGUAGUAUUGGACCAGUGAGAGUUCAUAUUGUAGCAGCAGGCAGCUUCAAAGAGCUAACGAAUUUUAUCAUCGCAAAUUUAGGCACUUCCUACAGUCAGUUCAACAUGCAUCGCGUUCUGAGGAAAAAAGAAUUUUUGGACUUUAUUCAAAGAAAAGUAAUUUCAUGAAACUUUUGCUCAUACAGUUUUGUGUUUUUCCAUCUUAAAUUUGUGCAGUUUGUGCUUUUUUCCGCAUGCAUCUCUUUCUUUUCUUAGGAUAAGGCAUCGAGUCCCUUUGUGCAUGGAGUUCAUUCCCAGGCUUCUGUUAUGUAUUUGGUUUAUACUUUUUGUUGCGAUUAAUCAUUGCACUAGGGAAUGGUCAAAUAGUGCAGGCACAAUAGGAGCACUGAACCAAUGCUGAUGGAAAAAGUAAUUGCAAGCUUUGCACAUAUCAAUUUAUUUGCAAUACUGUAUAUCCUCUGCGCUGGAAGGAAUGAAAUGGUUCUUCUCAAAAGAGCAGAAACUCUAGCCUCUUGGCAUCCUGUAAGACUGAUGCUGCUCCCAGGGAUCAGGGAGCUGCUAAAUGAAACCAUUUCAAGGGAAAUCAAUUAUUACUGUAAAUAAUCACAACUUAUUACCUUGUAUAUUUGUGUAUGCUUCUAUUUUCUACAUUAAAACCUUUUUGAUUCUAA